AUGAACGACACGGAGGUCACGAAGACGAUCGAGCAAAUGGUCCGCUUCAUCCGGCAGGAGGCGGAGGAGAAGGCCAGCGAGAUUGCCGUGGCCACAGAGGAGGAGUUCAACAUCAGCAAGCUCCAGUUCGUGGAGGCGGAGAAGCAGCGCAUCAAGAGCGAGUUUGAGAGGAGGGAAGGCGCCAUUGAGGUCAAGAAGAAGGUGGAGCGCAGCAAGCAGCUGAAUGAGUCACGGUUGAAGGUGCUCCAGGCUCGCGAGGAUGCAGUACAGACCUUGCUGACCGAGGCGCACUCCCGGCUCGCCAAGCUGGCAAAGGACAAGGCCAAGUACAAGGCGCUGCUCACAGAGCUCCUCAUCCAGGGCUUCGAGAAGCUACGCGAGCCGGAGCUGCUGGUGCGUGUGCGGCAGGUGGAUGAGUCGCUGGUCAAGGAGGUGCUGGAGAGCGCGGCGGAGAGGUAUGCGGAGAAGGUUGGCGUACCCAAGCCGGACGUCAGCAUCGAUACCAAGCACUACCUGGCCCCCCCGCCCGACGGCACCAAGGACAACGAGGGCGACAGCUGCUCCGGGGGUGUCGUGGUGACCACCGCGGACUCGAGCAUCGUCUGCUCCAACACCCUGGACGAGCGGUUGGAGAUAGUGUACUCCCAGAACCUGCCCAGCAUCCGGACCGUGCUCUUUGGCGAGGCCAACUGA